UAGAACAAAACGUCUCCUACGCCUGUGUUUAACACAGACCUUAUUUUCGUCAUUUUUUAAAUAAAACUACAAAAACGCCAUUAAUUUCUACACAGGAUUUGUCUAACGAACCAUGACUGAGUUAGAGCCUACCAAAAGACGCCAUUAAUAUAUAUCUCGAUAACGGCACAGAUACAAAGAUGAGUCCUCUAUCUAUGUCCAUUCCCCCAUAACUCCUUGCGCGCUUCUAUGUUCACAGAUGACCAAAAUGGCGGAUUCGUCGGUCGAUGUUAUCGAGGGUUGUCGGCUCCCUGUUCUCCGAAAAAAUCAGGAAAACGAAGACGAGUGGCCCCUGGCUGAAAUUCUCAGUGUGAAAGAGAUCCCUGGAAGAAAACUCUACUAUGUCCACUAUAUUGACUUCAACAAGCGUCUGGAUGAGUGGGUUACUCCGGAAAGGCUUGACAUGAAGAAGCUCCAGUUCCCUAAGAAGGAGGCUAAAACGCCUACUAAGAACGGGCUUCCGGGUUCACGGCCCAGCUCCCCAGAGAGAGAGGUGGUAAGAGCGGCCGGAACUGGUGCCCAACAUCCCCCCAGCCGGCCCCCCCAGCCGCAAGCCCAGCAGAAGUCUCUACCCACCAAGACUUCUAUACCAGACUUUCAAGUGCUGCAGCAACAAGUUCAGAGGAAGAGUCUUGAUCUCAACCUUCAGACUGCCACAGCUCCUUCCAGAGGCAAAACCCUGCCCACACCGAAGAGGAAAGCAGAGUCUGUGUCCCUGGCAACACAAGUGUCCCCGGCAACCCCCGUGCCAUCCUUGCCAGGUUUGGCUGAAGCCUCCCAGGUGUCAGUUUACCCUGCUGUGAGGGACACCAACACUUUCAACCUCAAAUCCAACGCCCACGAUGAUCACGAGCAGCUUACCUCACUCACCACGAAUGGUACUGCCCGUCGCCCCAUGCCCAAUCAACCAGGCAGGAAGAGGAAGCAGCCCCCCAACUGUGGGGGAACCGAUGAGAUAAUUAAGGUUUUCCAGUAUAACAGCAGCCCUCGAUGUGCCAACGUCUAUCUGCCGCCAGGAGAGGACUCGCAGGACAGCUCCGAUGGCAUCCCCUCUGCCCCUCGCAUGACCGGCAGUCUGGUGUCGGACCGUAGCCAUGACGACAUUGUCACGCGUAUGAAGAACAUUGACUGCAUUGAACUGGGCCGCCACAGGCUGAAGCCCUGGUACUUCUCCCCCUACCCACAGGAACUGACCACAUUGCCUAUUCUCUACCUCUGCGAGUUCUGCCUCAAGUACCUCAAGAGCCUUAAGUGUCUGCAGAGGCAUCUGACCAAGUGUAAUCUUCGGCAUCCCCCUGGCAAUGAGAUCUACCGCAAGGGCACCAUCUCCUUUUUUGAAAUAGAUGGCAGAAAAAACAAAACAUACUCUCAGAACCUGUGUUUACUGGCCAAGUGUUUCCUGGACCACAAGACGCUGUACUAUGACACAGACCCCUUCCUCUUCUACGUCAUGACAGAGUACGACUCCAAGGGCUUCCACAUAGUGGGCUACUUCUCCAAGGAGAAAGAGUCGACGGAAGAUUACAACGUGGCUUGUAUCCUCACCUUACCUCCCUACCAGAGGAGAGGCUAUGGCAAAUUGCUCAUUGAGUUCAGUUAUGAGCUGUCUAAGGUAGAGGGGAAGACGGGCACACCAGAGAAGCCUCUGUCUGACCUGGGGCUGCUCUCCUACCGCUCCUACUGGUCCCAGACCAUCCUGGAGAUCCUCAUGGACCUCAAGCCUGACAACGGGGAGAGGCCUCAGAUCACAAUCAAUGAGAUCAGCGAGAUCACCAGUGUGAAGAAAGAGGAUGUCAUAUCUACACUUCAGUACCUAAACCUAAUAAACUACUAUAAGGGCCAGUAUAUUCUGACUCUUUCAGAGGACAUAGUGGAGGGGCAUGAGAGAGCAAUGCAGAAGCGUCAUCUGCCCAUCGACCCCAAAUGCCUUCACUUCACCCCCAAGGACUGGAGCAAGAGGGGCAAGUGGUAGAACCCUGUUUGGUUCUCCUGGCCACACUCUCCCUCUUACCACAGACUUUCCUGAAGCAAUCAGGAUGGAGAGCACCACAGGUCUCCUCAGAGGGAGCUUCAAUAGAUUUAUUUUUUCUUCCCCCUAAUCGUCAUCGGACCCUUUUUUGUUGAAGAUUUAAAAAUGAACAAGAACUGUUUAUUACCCAUGUUUCAUCUCACUGUUCUGUCUUUGACACAAGUAUAUACAUUUUCUUAGUCUCAUAGUGGGAAUGGUCAUAAUUUCAGAUUGAGGGCUCCUACCCUCGGUUUCUUCACCUUCCUGGCGCACUCUGUUGAAGGCACUCUUGGACUAGAAUAUGAAUAUGUUAGAAUAUGUGCUCAUGUUAGUGAAAAUCAUUCCGUUAUUGUUUUGGAUGUAAUCCUGGAUUUUGACUACACGUCCAGUUUCAUUGAUCCAACACACAAUGAGAACUACAGAUCUAACUGUGCUUGUAAUUGUAUAUACACCAUCCUGUUUUAUAAAUGAUUUUUAAAGUGGUGAAGCAUUUCUGUAUGUCAAAUGUAAUGUGCGGGGAUGCUCAGUACAGAAAAUAAGCCAUGUCGAACUGUUACAAGAAUGUAAAUGUGGAUACAUGUACAGUUCUGUCCUUUUUUUAAAACUUGAAUGUAAAUUAACAUGUUUGGCACUGUGUGUGUCAUUUAAUUUAAUUACUAUUUACUGUACAUUUGUGUAUUUGGAACAAGUGAUUCAUACUUUGUUUUUGUGUUGUUGCUAAUAUUUAGUUAUUUCCCUUUUAUAUUUAAGUGCAAAUUCAACAUUGAUUUGGUUUCUCUUUUGUAUUAUCUGAACAGUGUGUGGUUUAGAGUGGGGGAAUGGGUGAUUAAAAGAGAAAGUUCACAUUUUCGGCAACACUGAGAGGCUAUAAAUCUAACAAACAUGAGCUUUAUAUAAAAAAAAGCCUAAGAAGCUGGAUUUACACAUAUCUAAUAAACUAGGACACUUUUA